AUGACACUGCAGUCUCAAGGGGUGUGCGAAUCACCAAUCUUGGUGCCAGCGAAUAGGUUCCCACCGAUUCCCGCGGUGGGACUAGGUUCGAAACUGACGAUCCACAUGUGGGGUGUGUCGCCCCCCCCUGCGAAACAUGAUAUGACAGCAGUGGCUGGCCACCCUACCCCAGCGCUCCCCGUCCGACCCUCUCUCGCGGGUGGAACUGCUUGCGUGGCUCUCUACCUACGCGUCUUGUGA